GCGGCCCCAUCCGGGUCCCCGCGAUGCAGUCGGGGCGCGGGGGGCGGGGCUGGAGCGGGAGACGCGGAGCUGCGGCGGCCGGAGCGGGACGGCCCUGCCCGCGCACGGAGCGGCCCGGCCGCCGCUCGCUGCUCCCGGUGAUUCCACCGCACAUCGCCCCGGGGCUGCGGCCUCGCAGACCUGUGGAAGUGUGAAGGAUGGAGGCAGAGGAGAGCCGGGCGCAGCCCCCGAGCGAGGCGCCGGAGCCCGGCGGUGCGGGCUGGCAGCUCACCGACUCCUCCCGGCUGCAGCGCUUCCUGUGCUUCGGCUGCGAGGGCGCCGCUUACCACGUCAAGGAGCAGAAGCUGGCCUUUGAAAACGCGGAAGCUCUGCUAAGGCUGAUUGAAGAAGGCAGGGGCUGCGAAGUUGUUGAAGAAAUAAAAGCUUUUAGUCAAGAGGGCAGAGCAGCAAAACAGGAGCCCCUGCUCUUUGCCCUCGCAGUUUGCUCGCAGUGUUCCGAUGCCAAAACAAAACAAGCGGCGUUUAAAGCUGUCCCCGAGGUGUGUUGCAUACCAACCCAUCUCUUUACUUUCAUCCAGUUUAAAAAAGAUCUGAAGGAGGGCAUGAAAUGUGGCAUGUGGGGCCGUGCUCUGAGGAAAGCUGUUGCAGAUUGGUACAAUGGAAAGAAUGGCAUGGCUCUUGCUUUAGCAGUUACAAAAUAUAAGCAAAGAAGUGGUUGGUCUCAUAAAGAUCUUCUGAGGUUGUCCCACCUAAAACCUGCCAGUGAAGGUAUUGCUAUAGUCACUAAGUAUAUUACCAAGGGGUGGAAAGAUGUCCAAGAAGCUUAUAAGGAGAAAGCAGUUUCUGCGGAGACUGAAAAACUCUUGAAGUAUCUGGAGGCUGUGGAGAGAGUAAAACGCACAAAAGAUGAAUUGGAAGUUAUUCAUUUGAUAGAAGAAUAUGGUCUAGUUAGAGAGCAUCUCUUGACAAACCAUCUGAAAUCUAAAGAGGUUUGGAAGGCGUUACUCAAGGAGAUGCCUAUUUCUGUAUUGUUGAGAAAUUUAGGAAAGCUGGCAGCAAAUUCAGUACUUGAACCACGAGGUUCAGAAGUGGCAAUAGUAUGUGAAAAACUGAGAAAUGAGAAACUGCUAAAAAAGGGUAGAAUACAUCCCUUCCAUAUUUUGGUUGCAUUAGAAACCUAUAAAGCUGGACAUGGAAACAGAGGGAAGCUUUGGUGGCGUCCUGAUGAAGACAUUUUAGAAGCUUUAGAUGCCUCAUUUUACAAAGCUUUCAAGACAGUGGAACCAACAGGAAAACGCUUUGUAAUUGCAGUUGAUGUUAGUGCAUCAAUGACACAAAAGGUUUUGGGCAGUGUUCUCAAUGCCAGCACAGUUGCAGCAGUAAUGUGUAUGGUCGUGGCACGGACUGAGAAGGAUUCCCAAAUUGUUGCCUUUUCACAUGAAAUGGUUCCAUGUCCAGUGACAGCUGACAUGACCUUACCUCAAGUUUUAGUGAAAAUGUAUGAAAUUCCAGUGGGUACCACUGAUUGUUCUCUUCCAAUGAUAUGGGCUCAAAAAACUCAGACAGCUGCUGAUGUCUUCAUUGUAUUUACUGAUAAUGAGACCUUUGCUGGGAAUACUCCUCCUGCAAUGGCCCUUACAGAGUACAGAGAGAAAAUGGGUAUUCCUGCUAAGCUGGUUGUCUGUGGAAUGACCUCCCAUGGUUUUACAAUCGCAGACCCAGAUGACAGAGGAAUGUUGGAUAUCUGCGGCUUCGAUACAGGAGCUUUGGAUGUCAUUCGAAACUUCACUUUGGAUUUGAUUUAAGUUAAGUUUAGGCAUCUGUUCUUCCCAGUGGGUCCAUUGCUGGCAACAGACUUCACCCUGGGAACUCCCUGCCAAAUACACUUUAUUAGCUUAUGGCAUACUGUAUACAUAUCAGAAUGUUACCGGAGGUGGUGGCACUUCAAGCAUUUCUGACUAGAGCUUCUCACUAAGGUGUUUGUAAGGUUGAACAGAACUUCAGUCCCAUACAAAUCUAACAGAUGCAGAGAAACUCAGCGCUUGCAUCUCUGGUGUCAAACUAACUGUCAGAAGCCAGUGAUCCCCCUGCCAUUGGAGGUGGCAGCCACAUGUCACCACUGUCACCCUGGGACUUGGGUGCCAUGCAGCAACACACUGUGCAUUUGGACACUCCUGGUAAUGGCUCAGUCAUUCACCCUUCAGAGUCCUGCAGCACAGCUGGCAGCCCUGCUCCAUGCCCCUUCAGAAAGGCAUUUCCACUCCUCAGCCACCUUCCUUGUAUCCAUCAUGCUCAUUUUCCCAAGGUGGUUGGUUUCUUCCUAUACGCACACUCAAAACUGUAGUUGGACUUAAUUCUCUGACCAGCCUGGGCUCUGUGUGAGCUGGAGCUCCAGAGAGCAUAAUCCCUUGUGUGAUAACCACAGUAACUGUGCUCUGAGUUCGUCAGGCCAGCAACAGCCAGCCUGGAUCUGUCCCAGGGGGUAAACAGGACCCCCUGUUAGGAUGGGAUGAUGGCAGGACCACAGUGUGCUCUACAAACCCUUGGUCCCUGGGCUUCACCAAAGUCUUCCUGGCUAUCCUGGCCUGCACCACAUGAAUUACCCCAUUCCUGUUGUCCUCAAGCUCCACAGCAUCCACUGCCUUGAGGAGAAGGGUGGUUUUGCCUGGGCCCAAGGAAAACAUCACCACAACAAACACUUUGUGUCACCAUGCUGGACCAUACUCUUGCUCUGCACCAGUGCUGGAGUCAGCAUAGACACCAGCUUGGCCACAUCCAGCUCCUCAGCAGGGUAAGUGAAGAGGGCCACCAAGUUGUCCAGCUCCUCAUGGACUUUGGAGUUCCAUUGCUGCAGGUACCCCUGCUGCAGCAGCACCUGCUGAGGACAUGCUGCCUUCUUCAGCCACAGGAGCAGGGUUUGUACUGCAGCAUGGCCAGCUUCUUGUCCCCCAGGACUUCAGCAGCAGCAGAAACCAGCCAUGCCAGGAAGCAGGUGGAUCACCUCCAGAGUGCUAAGCACCACCUUGGAGUCAUCAAGGAGGGUAUAGAGGAAGCUGAGGAGCCCCAGAGGCCAGACUUUGACCUUUUAGGAUUGAGAAAGUCCCUUGCAAACAAUCCUGAAUGAAAAGGGGCCCGGGAGGGCUGGACAUGGGUCAAGGACCUUAAAGAUGCAGGAAUAGGCUGUCCCCAUGUGCUGCAAGAUGAGCCAGUGGGGGGAGAAGACCGACCUGGUUGAACAGGGAGCUGUCACUGGAACUCGGGUAAAAAAGACCUUUGGAAGAAGGAGCAGGAUGCUCUUGAGGACUACAAGGAUAUUGUUAGGUUAUGCAGGAAGGUUAGAAAAGUGAAAGCCUGGCUAGAAAUUAAUUUGGCCACUGCCAUAAUAGAUAACAAAGUGUUUUUACAAAUACAUCAGCAACAAAAGGAGGGCCAAGGAGAGAAUCUUAGUCCUUUAUUGCAUGUGAGGGGAAGCAUUGCCACAAAGGAUGAGAAAAAGGCUGAGGUACUUGAUGCCUUCUUUGCCUCAGUCUUUAAUUGUCAGACCAGUUGUCCUUGGGAAGACAGAGACACAGAAUAAAAUGAAGUCUCUUAAUUCAGGAGGAAACAGUGACUAUUGCUCUAUUUAAAUGUUCAAAGGUCCACGGGGUCAGUGGAAUCCACCCAAGCUGCUCUCCACCAUUUGUCAUCAAUCCUGGCUAACCAGGGAUGUCUCAGGAUGACUGGAGGUUGACCAGUGUGGCACCCAUGGAGCAGAAGGUGCCAGGGAAGGUUAUGGAACAGAUCAUUGUAAUCACACAGCACAUGCAGGACAGCCAGGGAUCAGACCCAGCCAACAUGGCUUUAUGAAAGGCAGGUUCUGCCUGACCAACCUGAUCUACUGUGAAUGGUGACCUCCCUAGUGGAUGAGGUAAAGGCUGUGCAUGUGAACUGCCUGGACUUCAGCAAAGCCUAGGACACUGUUUCUCACAGCGUUCUCCUGGAGCCCGUGCUUGGACAGGUGCAGUGUUUGCUGGCUAAAAUACUGGCUGGAUGGCUGGGCACAGAGAGUGGUGGUGACUGAGUCACAGCCUGCUGCUGGCUGGUCACCCGAGGGCUCACAGCUGUGGCCAGUCCUGUUCAGUGUCUUUAUGGCUGAUCUGGACAAGGGGAUAGGGGACACCCUCAGUGAGUUUGCAGAUAACACCAGGCUGAGCCAGAGUUGAUCUGCUGGAGAGCAGGAAGGCUGUGAAGAGGGAUCUGGACAGGCUGGUUCCAUGGACUAAGGCCAGUUGUAUGGGGCUCGAUGAGGCCAAGUGCUGGGUCCUGCCUUUGGGUCACAACAAUCCCAUGUAAUGCUUCAGGCUGGGGCAGAGUGGCUGGAAAACUGCCCAGUGGAAAAGGACCUGGGGAUGCUGGUCAGGAUGGGUGAACUUGGCCAGCUGUGCCCAGAUGGGCGAGAAAGGCCAAGAGCAUCCUGGCUUGGAUCAGAAAGAGUGGCAGCAGGAUCAGGGGAUGGAUUGUUCCUCUUUACUUGGCCCUGGUGAGGCUGAACCUCAAAUUCUGUUUGCAGCGUUGGAACAAGCUGCCCAGGGAAGUGGUGGAAUCAUCAUCCAUGGAAGUGUUCCAAAACCACGUGGGUCUGGUGCUUAGGGACGUGGCUCAGUGGAGGACCUGGCAGUGUUGGGUUGGUUGGAUUUGAGCUUAAGAGCUCUUUUCCAACCCUCAUGAUUUUGUGAUUCUUUGUUACCUUUUCUUGAAGGGGAAAACAAGAAAAGCAGAUGAGAAAUCUGUUUUGUUUCCUGUUGCACACAAUUGAAAAUAACAGAAGUUCGCUAAAAGUGCUUACAGGGUUACAUAGUAUAUAAUUUAAUUUCAUUUAUAGUAGGCUAUAAAUAUGGAGAGAUUUUUAAUUUCCCCCAUUGCUGUGGAGUUCUUAUUUCCAAGAAUAAAUUCAUUAAUUACUUUUAGAAUGGGGCUGGAAACAAAUGGGCUUAGUAUUUUUAAUAAUGGCAGUUUACCAGCAACUUCAUUGAGAGGGACUUUUCUUUGGACUUUUAAAAAUCUUUGUAUUUUAAGUGUUACUAAUGUUCAGUGGUUUCCAUGGUUACAGUUAAAAUCUACAAAAGAAGUUUUUUCUGGUAUGUAUUGAGACCAUGUGACUGUGAUACAGAUUAAAAGUUACCCAGGGACAUUUUAUACUGAUAAAACUGAAAGUGCAAGAGCUCAUGCUAAUCUUUUUCUCUCUGGAUUAUCAUCUAGGUUUUCAGGAGGAAAUAAUGCCUUUAGAUAAACUGAGGGGCAGUUUCUGCACAAUACCGUUUCAGAAGCACUAGUUUAGAAUUCAGACACUUUACAUGAAGUUCUAAAAACUGUUUUUAGUAGAAAAAGACCUUGGAAAUGACUGGGAUCUCACAUUCAGUCCCUGUCACAACUUCAAGAAGCAUUAGCACACCUUCAGUGGGCAAGAUUAACAAGUGCAUGUGUCCUGGCCUGCUCACCAAAGCUGGGUGGGAACUACCAGAAACAAAAAGCUACAUGUUUUUUUUAAUUACUUUUCAAAAGAAUGUAUUCAGAGACUCAGAAACAAUCUUCCUAACAGGAGACUAUUUCAUUUUUCUUGAUCUUUUUGUAGGUUAGUGUUACUUCUGAUUUAAUAAAUUAAUUCAAGCUAACAUAUUUCAAAACUACCUCCGGUUUAUAGUGACCAAUUCCUAAAAACUUUUAUGAACUGUACAGUUGCCCUCCUUCAUGUUCACAAAAUCUUGUUUAGGAAGUGACUGAAACUGGAUUCUUUAAUUUUUUAUUUUUUGUCUGAUAGUAAGAGUGUGACAAAGCCAGUGAGUAUUCUACCACUUUGGAACAGAAAUUGAUAGCAAUUUGUGUGUAUAUGUAUUUAAUUCUGUGGUUUCUAUAUGUGUGUGUAAGGGGGAAGUUAAAAGAUCUCUUUAGUAGAUCAGUCUUACAAGAUUUGAAUGGUUUUUUAGUGAUGCUUUUAUGACUUCCUCUAAAACAUACUUAUUUCAGCCUCUUUUAUGCUAAUGCAGACUGUUUUAAACAGUGAAUUUGAUGUUAAUUUGAAAAUAAUUAUGAUUUAUAAAAAUAUCAUGUUUACCCAUAGUGGUAAAUGACACACAAGACCAUAGUUUUCUGCCUAAAACCUAAGCUUUUAAAUGUAAAAUUGAAGUUCCUACUAUACUUUUGGUACUUGUAGCACUUUUCAUUAUGCCUCAUUCCUAUUGAUUACAAAUUCAAAGCUUACAUUCUGUAGCUGGGAUAUCUCUCUUGGUGCUAAAAUAGGAUGUUACAUGUUACUGAAGGUAUUCUGCUACUUACUUACACUCUCCCUCCAUGCAUAAUCAAUCCAUUUUCCUGACAUAAAGCAGGGCUUGAGGAACUGCUGGGUAGAGUGUUGCCUUUCAGCCAACAUGAAUGUAAGUCACUCCUGCAUUAUCACUGCUCUGACAGAGUGCUUGGAGACACAGGACUGCCACCAGCUCCUCAGGUGAGUUCUAGAACAAACCAAGUGUUCCUACAGAAGCUAAUACAUAGCACUUUUGGGUUUGCAAAAAGAAAAUUGGCCAUUUUUCAUGAAAAAUUGCGUAUCAGUUUUAGUGUCUAAACAAAACACCGUGAAUAUGGGGAGUAAACUCAUUUGCUUAAUAGUUGUUAAUAAUUAUUUCAAGUAAAUGCACUGAUAUUUUGAGGUUGGGUUUGGUAGUAAUGCAUUUUAAAUGACACAAUAGUCAAACAUCUGAUUAGGUGUUUCCUUCUAAGCUAGAGAUGUCAAAAAUAACUGAUAGAUAAGUAUCUUCUGCAAGUACUUUUUCUUAUUUGGAGUAGUAUUUGUGAAGUAAUAGGGAGUAUUUUGGACUAAAUAUAAAAUGAACACUUAAAACAGGUGUUUCAAGUAACUUUCAAGUAAAUUUAUUGCAAAUAAAAAAUUAGAGUAGUUACUAACAGUUUGAAUGUAUGGUUAUAGUGGUGUUGCCUCUUUGGAAGCAGUCCAGUUUAAAAUGCAAUUCCUUGAACUAGAGUGUGGAAGUAAAGAUGAAUUUUUCAGCAGGACUGACUGAUAGAAAUUGUAGAUUCCUGUGUCUGUUGACACUGGAUAGCUGUGACCAAUGACAAAAGGUAGUCAGUCAUCCCUGCUGGGGUACAGAAGAUGCUCCUAAACAUUUAUAGUACCUCUGGAUUAAAAACCUUGUCAGGGGUUUGUGUGAUGUAAAACCAGCACUGAAGAGACCCCGGUACCAUCUGAUCCUCCUUCAAGACUUGCACAGAGAGGGGAAAUGGAAGUAAAUGCUGACAGCUGAAAUUUUAUAGUAUGUGGACCUUUGUUCCUGGGAGUUUCUGGUUUUGCCAUUCCCUUCUAGUAAGGGCCAUAGAAGAAUGAUGCUGCAUAUUCCUUGUCCAUAGACUGGAUCUUUUUUAUCUGCCCAUACACUGAAUUUUAGGGGACAGCAUGACUCAUUUGCCAUAGCAUGCAUUUGUCCUGUUUCUAGUCUUGGUGAUUUCCAAAGCAGCAUCUAGACAUGUAAAGAGGCAAUAAUUACUGUAAUGCUUCAGAAAGAAUAAAAAAAGGGAGCUAAGACAAAAUUGCUAAGCUUAAGCUUUAGUUCAGUGUACAAUAAACAGAACCUACCCUUUCACCAAAAAGGAGACUGAAAUUAAUAGUAGUCUUUGCAUUGGAGGAACAUUGACUGGAGAAGCAGAAAAGGGGCUAUAAUUGUGCACUGCAGUUUAUCAGUAAACAUUGAGCAGGGACAAGUUUAAAGCUGGUUAAUGUUAUUCAAAAUACUGAAUUAAAAACAGUCUAAAUGCAGAGUGCACUGUAGACCAGGCAAAUUGCAGGUUUUCUGAUAGCUAACAUGGUUUCAGUUGGACUGCCAUUUCUCUGUGACUCUCUUGGUAAUUCUGGAGCAUUAGACUAUUGUGUUGAAGACUGUGAUGUUCAGGCACUCCAGCUUCAGGAAAGAAGAAAAGUAUGUGGUGGCUAGAAGCACAGCAGAAGUGAAACAUUCUUCUGUGAGGAAUGAAGAUCAAAAGUCAGGUUUCUUCAUGGAAGGGACACGGUCAAUGAUGUGGAGAGGGCAAGAGGCUCUAGAGUUUUUUAAAAUAAUGCAGUGAGCACAUCAACAUUGUGUAAUAAAUUCAAUAAUAACAGUAAUAAUUUUGCCAAGAAAUAGAAUUUUGUGUCAGGAAUUUUAGGCCUGGAGCAGGGAGUAGGAGAGUUUGAGGUGCUUGUAGAAUUAGAUUGCAGACCUCUGUGUUUCGAAAAAGAGAAGUCUAAAGGUAGGUGUAGUUCUGAGGUCAGCAGAGCCAGUCUAAAUGCCCACUGUGUGAAGGCUGCUAAUAACUGGCCCUAAAAUACCUUGCUGCUUAAAACCACUGUUAAAACUGUUUGUUAAACAUAAGUCUUAAGGGGAUUUAUGUUGGUCUUUUACGUUGCUGUGUUAACUGGUGCCCAUGAACGGGUAUGGCUUUAAAAAGCUGUUCAACAAAGUACAUACCCUUGGCUUAAAAACACACCAGCAGUUUGGGAAAUGUAUUUUAAUAAUGGCUCUGUCUGUAAAAACACUAUGAAAAUAGUUGUCUGCAUUGCAAAUUCUGCUUAACCCUGUCCUGAGCUCACAGGCACCAUAACAGAAGCUUUAGUUUCAGUUCAGUUUGUUCUUUUUCUUCUUUUGCUGUACACUUUUCUCUGUUAGUGUUGGGGGUUUUUUUCUCAUUUUCCAUCUUGUCACCUCAGGCCUAUACUUGAAUCUUUUUUCACAAGCUGUCAUCCAUUCCUUCUUUUACAUUUUUUGCCUCUGUUCUUCUGCCUUCCUGCUGUCACUGAGUGUGCUCACUUAGCUCCCUGCACCAAAAUUGAUGGCAUAGUAUUUAAGGUUUUUAGUGUUUAAUAUUUUUUUCUGUUCUUUAUUUAUAUAAAUUUCUUACAAAACAUCUAAUUUGCUGUAUCUGUCAGAUUUUUUGGUAAAACUGUAAAAAUCAAUGACAAAAGUAUACUUUUUUAUUAGUAAAAUCCAACAUCUGCCUGUGAAUGGCUUUAUUUGAAAAAAGUAACCUCUUACAAUUGGCUUUUCAAAUCUAAAGCUUUUUUCUAGAAUUAGUUCAGUGAUUUGAAACUUUUCAUUCUUUUAAAUAGUAUCAAGAUGCUGUCAUGCAGAACCAGGAAAACGCUGAAAUUAAUAUUCUGGAUAAACAGGCAGCUUCUUUGCAGUAUUGGCUAGAGAAAGUCUUUGAAUAAUAGACUGUAGAAGUAAACCUGAGAGAAGAAUCAUUUGUCUGUCUUCUGCAUUUAUUCCUUUUUCUUUAGUUUCUAUGAAAUCCCACCAGUUUCCAGGUUUAUUUUGCUGUCUGCAGUGGUUUGCAGUGCACAGAUAUGCUGUAAACAGCUAUUCUAAUGACUUUCUUGCUGGAGUGGUAGGGAUUUCAUCUUAGCAGGACACAGUGGAGUGUACAAAUGGCUGAGCAAGAAUUCUGGGGAAGAGGUAAAAACACUGACCAGGACAGUGUUUUAUGGAUAUGCUGCUCUGAGGGAAGUCAUAAAAGAUUAGCUAUAUCAGCACAAGGUAUGGUGUCUUUAAAUAUGUGUGCUUACAUACCUGGAUUUAUGAUUUUGAUACUGCAAAGUGUGGUUUCUUUAGGUAUUUCUGCAUUCUGAAUUUAAGUUUAAAUAUAUAUAUAUAUAUUUGCAUAUAUAUGUGGUAUGUUGACAACUUUUACAAAUGCUUCAUUAACAAAUAAUAGAAAUGGCUGUUUUCCUAAUGUUACCAGCUUAAGAGUUAAGCACAACUAGUUAAAAUGUCUUUUCAUUCUAUAAAAGUGCAGUUCUACUCUUUAAAAAUAAUUCUGUAUUUAAAAAGCAACACAUGGGCACAUUCACAGCUCUGUGUGCUUCAUUUAAAAACUCAGUGUUUGUUUCCAGCUUCUGCUUCUUAGAAGCAUGGGAUUUAAGAUGGAUGAGCACGUAUGCAGAUCUUCUAGUGGAUAAAUUUUAAUAUUUAGAUCCCAAGACAAGCAUAUUUUAAGAUAAAUAGCUUUGUCCUGGAGACAAUGGUGGGGGAAAAUGGAAAUUUUUAAUUACUAUUCUUGAGGUUCUUAAUUUUGGUUGGUUUCUUUGUUUUUUUCCCCCCCCCCUAGAUUAAAACCACUCUUAACUGCCAUAUUGUGUUUAAUUAACUUAAGCAUAAUAUGGCUUUGUGCCAUCCUGUAACAAAGGCACUGUCUUGCUGCUACUUUCUGUGAAAUUGUACACAAUGAAAAAAUUGUUUGGAUGGGAAGCCUUAAUGUGGUUUAAAAGAAACAAAUUAAUUAACCCUUUGGGUGCCUUAAGCUAGAUCCUAUUUAAUGAUGGGGCACUCACUUGCAGCUGCUUGUUUCAACAGCUGCAAGAGAAUUUGUUGCAAGUGACAAUGCCCUGGGAUUUCCAGAACUUGGAACUCAAAGGGGUAUUUUAGACUACUGGCUAAAAAAACAAGCCUCUAAAAAGAGAACAAAAUUAAAAGGUCUUUGAAAAAUUCCUUUUCAUACUAUUGUUAUUAUUUUUACGUGAUGGGUUUAUCAGGUUUGGGGACAAAAUUAUUGUUAAGCUUCUGGUAAAAACAUCACUGGCCGAAGAAUUCUACCCAGAGAAAAAGAAUACUUGGUAUUCUUAUAUGACUGUAUGUGCAAAAUAAGUUGCUUUAUGAAGUGUAAAUUCAGAGAGAGAUGCAUGUGUGUUGCCCUUGAUGACUGUGUCCUAGCACCAUACAGUAAACUGCAAUAAUUAAAAUUAAACAACACCAGUGUGUUGAUUACUGAUUAGCUGAUUACUUAUUAAAGUUGCAACAAUGCAGACAACUGUAUACUAAAUACUUUCUACAAAUGAUGCAGUUUAAACUUAGUUCAAACCUGCAUCACAAAAAUGAAGCUGUCAAGUUUAAAUGAUACUCUUGCCAUCCUAGUUAGCUGGAAUUAAAGACUGAUGUUUUUUUCCCUUGAGGGGAAAAUGUAGUUUAGGUACAUGCAAUGCUGAAAGCAAUGGAAAUAACAGGAGUCUUAAUUCACAAAGAGUGAGUAAAAAAUUAAUUGACUAAUAAUUUUAUUCUAAUAUGUGCACCUUUAGUUGUGUAAUGGUCCCUUUAACUGAAGAAUGGGAUAUAAUUUUCUACUUGCAUAUGAACUUCUUUGAAAUAACCAAGAGUCUUGGCAUUGCCUGGUCUGGCUUUGGAUGUACAUUGUACUGAAACAAUGGAAUUUUAGUAAUUUCUUUUAGACAUGUAACUGAAAGUUGAAAUGGCUAGUAAACUGCGUUCUGACUGUAGAAUUUAAGUACUAAAUAAACUCUAUGCAUAU